AUGGACGCACAAGCCUACCUAAUCCGCCACGGCUGGUCGGGCCCCGGCAACCCACUCAACCCCAAUCGCCGCCCAGGCACACACGCUGGCCUCGGCCUCACGAAACCGAUUCUCGUCUCGCGACGCAAAGGCAAUCUCGGCGUCGGGCAGACGACAACCAAAGACCCGACGAACCAGUGGUGGUUGCGCGGAUUCGAGGAUGCGCUGAAGGGUGUUGGGAAUGAGAAUAAUGCUGGGGCGGAGAAGAAGCCGAAUGCGUUGACGAGUGAGCUUUAUCGGCACUUUGUGAGGGGGGAGGUUGUUCCGGGGACGCUUGGGUCGAAGGAUGAGGAGAAGAAGAAGGGCUCCGAGUCCAAGGCGGAGUCUAAGAAGAGGAAGAAGGAUGAUGUGGAUGGGGACGAGGAUCGAGAGGCGAAGAAGUUGAGGAAGGAGGAGCGCAAGAGGAAGAAGGUUGAGGAGGGGGAGGAUUCUACUGUGUCGCGCAGUGAUCGGGAUUCUAAGGAUCGGAAGGAGAGCAAGGAGGAGAGGCGCCAACGGAAGGAAGAGAAGAGGAGGAAGAAGGAGGCAAAGGAAUUGAAGAAGAAGCUGAAAAAGGCUAAGAAGGCGGAGGAGAGCACUGCUGAUGAGAAUGAAAAAGCCACACGCAAGAGCAAGAAGGCGAAGGAAGAACAUAACCCGGAAGAGGACUAUCCUACUCCGAUAUCGAUCGAGAACGACCCGACAGAGUCUAGUGGACGCGAAGACUCCUCUGAAAAAGCGGCGAAGAAGAAAGAGAAAAAGGAAAAGAAGGAGAAAGAGAAGGACAAGGAAAGCAAAAAGAGGAAGAAGAGCGAGGAAUCAACACUCGAAGAUGGCUCGAAGUCAAAAUCGAAGAAGUCGAAAGAUGCCAAAAAGUCGAAAAAGGAGUGA